GCAAAACGCUAUCACCUUGCGUAAGUAGGAUUUGGUGUAUAUAUGGAGCACUUAAAAGGUUCCGCUCUUGUUGCUUUACUUGUUUUUUCUACUUUUCUUAUGGUGUCCCAAAGUCGAAAUAUCAAUAUUGAUAACUCCCACGGAGAAGUCAAGCCUCAGGGCUUAGGGUUGGACUUGGGUAACGGCAUAGGUAUUGGUCUUGGCACUGGCAUUGGUAUAGGGCUGGGCGGAUCUGGGUCCGGUGCAGGUUCGGGCUCGGGCUCGGGCGGCUCAUCAUCAAGUUCGAGCUCAAGUUCAAGUUCGAGCUCUACUAGCUCCGGUGGAGGAGGCAAUGCAGGAUCCGAAGCCGGAUCCUAUGCGGGAUCAGGUGCUCGUUCAAAUAACGGCAGAAGCAACGGAGGGAGCGGAUAUGGUGGCGGCUAUGGAGGAGGUUACGGUGGCGGUGGCGGGCACUAAGUGGUACCCGGUCGGCCCAUGGUAGCUAGUCACUACAAGGAAAUAUUAAAGUGGGAAUAAAUGAAAACUUUAAACUAGAUACUAUAUAUCUAUAAAAUAUUUGGGUUUAAAAAUAUGAUGCAGUACGUUCUUAUGUCACAUACUCAGCUCAUAUGUAGGUAUGCUUUCUUUUCUAUAUUGAUCGAUACUUUUAAGUUGAUCGAGUUUGUAAUAUUAUUCUAUGUACCAUCUAUUUGAAUGUAUUGGUAAAAUACGAUAGUACAUGUUUUACAAAUUACCAUAAACCAGACGAAUUUAGAAAGUAAUUUGUGUUAGCUAAAGAACGAUUGGAC